UUAUGUAAAUACGUCAAGCAUGACGCGUGAUCAGCUGGGACUGUGAAGAAAAUCUUUGGCAAGUCAACUUACAAAUGUUAUUGUAAAAUGCGUGAUUUUUCCUCAUACAAUAAAACUGUGAUGUGACCGAAGUAACUGUAACUGCCCAGAACUGACGUUCGCCGUAAAAUCAAUUUACAGGAGAACCUCCGUCCACAUGCAUAACAAUGGACUCUAAUGGAGCAGCGUGAGAUGAGAUGAAGUCUGUGUCUUUUACGCAGUGAAAUCUGAGCAAAGCCAGAAUUGGAUAAAUGAACUCCAGUGAAGCAUCAGCUCAGCCAAAAGCACCUCAUGUCGUUUCUGGACUGCACCUGUAUCUCCUCCCACUCACAAGUCCAGUCCAUCAGCAUAGAGGAGCAGUAUGAAGACAUCAGCCAUCAGUGCUCGAGCAGUGAUGUCUCUCCGUGUUCUGUGUUGACGGAUGAAGAUGACAUCACAGAUCUUUCCACUGACCCCGCCCACUAUCAGCUGCUCUCACAACUGGGCCAGGGCUUUAAUAACCUCAGUCAGGUGAGCUUGGCUCGACACACACCGUCUGGCCGGCUGGUGGCGGUGAAAAACACCAACCUGGAUGAGUGUACAGAAGAUGAGCUGCUGCAGCUGAUGAAUGAGGUCCUGCUGUCCAGACUGUUCCGUCACCCAAACCUGCUGACGUCCAGACUGGUGUUCAGCUCGUGCUGUCAGCUCUGGGUGCUGUCUCCUCUCAUGAGCUACGGUUCUGCAGACUCUCUGCUCCGGUCGUAUUUUCCGGACGGAAUGAGCGAGUCUCUGAUAGCGUACCUGCUGUACGGGGUGCUCCGAGCGCUGGAGUACCUGCAUCACAUGGGUUACGUGCACAGGGGUGUGAAGGCGAGUCAUGUGCUGCUGUCAGCUGAAGGCCGUGUGUCUUUGUCGGGGCUGCAGAGUGUGUACAGUCUGAUGAAGGAUGGCAAGAGGAUGAGAGCCGUGUUUGACAUGCCUCAACACAGUCCGUCUCUGCUGCCCUGGCUGAGUCCGGAGCUGCUGCGACAGGAUCUUCACGGAUAUGGAGUGAAGUCAGACAUCUACAGUCUGGGAAUUGUGGCGUGUGAGCUGGUCAGUGGCAGAGUGCCGUUCCAGGACAUGCCGCCCACUCUGAUGCUGCUUCAGAAGCUGCGGGGUUCUCACUGUUGUCUCCUUGACGUCCCUCCUUACCCGCUCGGAGACAUGGGUGCGCUCAAGGUGUCCCGCUCCGGUGUGGAUUCGGGGAUCGGCGAGAGUGUUGCGACCGGAAGUCUGACCCGUACUGCCACAGCGGAGAGACCUCAAAGCCCCGCCCCCAAAAACCACUCAGCCACACUGCACAGCCUAGUCCAACUGUGCCUGCAGCAGCAGCCUGAGCGCAGGCCGUCUGCGACAGCUCUCCUCACUCAUCCCUUCUUCAGACAGGUGAAGAAACACACAAGGGACUCUUUCCUCAGUUUGAUGUAUCCGGCCGUGCCAGUGUCCUGUCCUCCAGACACGCCUCCGUCCGAAACGCCCACCCAGACCUGCAACACCCCGUCACCCACCAACCCCGAGCCCGAGGACGGCAUGUGGGACUUCUCCUAAACCUCGCUGCCUGUUUCUGUCUCCAUCUCGUCCAUUUCUCGCCCGUUUCUCCUUAAGUAUAUUCGGUAUUAAUCCGUCCUAACCAGCUGCUAGAUUUGGUCAUUUUGCCGUUCACUUGGUUUGUAUUUAUGUCACCUUAUACUACGGUAGCCCACCCACAGUUAAAUCUCACUAAAGCCCAUCUCUAUAUGGACCAAAGUAUUGAGGACAUCAUCUUGCACUCAUGGGCGUGUCUACAUUUUUAGCCAAUCAAAUGCUCUCUUGAACGAGCACAUACCAGCUGCCUAGACAUUUCCUGACUAGCAAGAGUGAGUAUAACCUCGUAGUUAAUGCCUGUGACUUCAACUAAAAGCCUAUUAGCUUGGGCUGCACGAUUCAUCAAAAUAAAACUGAAUUUGUGCUACAGUCUGUUUAUUAAAUCUCAAAGGCUGCUUUUUAAUUUAUCAAAUGUAUAUCUUUCUUAAAUACUUGAUUUGUUUAAUUUUACAGUAAAUAUGGCAAUACUGAUAUUUCUUACAUGAAUAACAAUAAUAAUAUAGUUUUUCUUAAACACUUAAUUUUACUGUGAAAUAUUAUUAUUAUUAUUAUUAUUGAGAAAUAUAAAUAAUAUUCAAUUAGAAAUAUUAGUUUUGUUAUUUUACUCUAGACUUAAAAUGGCAAUUUGUAUUUCUCAAUAAUAAUUAUAAUUAUAUUAAUAUUGUUUUUCUUAAAUAUUCUUAUUUUAAUUUUACUGUGAAAUAUUACAAAACUAUUAAUUCUUAUUUUUGUUUAAUAUUUUAUUAUUAAUCUUUUACUUUUAAUUUUACAGUGAAAUAUUGCAAUACAAAUUUUUCUUAUUUGUUUAAAAAUAUAAUAAUAAUAAAUUAUGUAUGUUAUAUUCAUGUUUAUAUGUAAUAACACAAUUCUUGGCCAAAUUGUGCAGCCCUAUAAACAAGCACAGCAAACAUGGGGGUUUUUAAUCACAAUGUUUUCAGAAUCAUGCAGCCCAGCUAUUAGCUAUUUUUAAACGAGCAUUUUUUUAAUAUGUCCCACCCAACUUUCUGUAAAAUACAGGAAAGUAACUGCACUCGUUAAGCCAUUUGAUUGGUCACUUCAUGCAACAUUUUCUCUUUUAUUAUGGACAGAAAAAUGACGCACUCUGUGACUAGUGUCUUAUUCCAUUCUGUGUGCUCAUAAGUAUAAUGCACAUUUUAGCCAAUGUGGUAGGUCACCCAAGUAUUCCAUGCAUACGGUUACAUACUGUUAGUAUGCUAUUCUGAAUAUAAACCAUGUCAGUGUGUGAUCAGAGCUUCCUGUUUGAUGUUCACAGCAGCCAAUCACAUCAUGACCUAACUGCAAAUCACUGUAUUUGAUCCAACUCUAACGAGUGAGGUCAUCAAACUGAGCCAUGAAUGCAGGAGCCAGAUAUCAUGUUGUGUGUGUGUGUGUGUGUGUGUGUGGAUGUCGUUAGUGCAUCACCCACUCAGCCUGUGCCAGUGAACAUGUGGGUGUGUGUACAGUACAUGUGUUUGUGUGUAUCUCUGUGUUCAGAUAUCCACAAGCCUCCUCCUGCUCUGAAUGAAGAAGCUGCACGUUUUAAUCCUGUGAAGAAACAAACCAAACCAUCAAUGCUGUGCUGUUCAACCGCACGUCAACACUGCCUCAAUCCAAUCGAGAAGGACUGAGCAGCUGUAACUGUGACCGAUAUUAUAUUUACUGAUGUUUUUCAACAUGUUAACUGUGUAAGAUAUUUAGAUACAUGAUAAACAUAUUCUUACUCUGUUUCAUAA